AUGUAUAAACUUGGACAAAGCUACUCAGAGACAUGGAUGUAUCUACAACGGCGGGUGCAGUGCAGUGCAGUGCAGUGCGGUGCUGCUCGUCGACAGAGCGGCCUGGACAGGACUAGGCGCAUGCUGAGGCUGAGCCAGCGCCCGCCCGGCCGGAGCAGCGCUCUCUUCACGUGGGCACACGAGCCACUGCAGCCAGAGAACCCUGACCAAGACUGCCACGGCUCGCCCAACAUCUCCCUUGAUCUCGACCCUGUCCGUCCGUCAUUCUGUCUGUCUGUCUGCCUGCCUGCCUGCCUGCCUGCCUGCCUGCCUGCCUGUCCGUCCGUCCGUCCACCCAUCCACCCCAUCCACCUACUCACCCUCACCCAUCCGUCCAUCUCUCCCUGCCUGCACCCGUCCGCCUCGUUGCUGGUGCUGGUGCUACCGCUGUCGCUGUCGCUGUCGUUGUCGCUGUCGCUGCUGGUGCUGCCGCCGCUGCUGUUGCUGCUGUUGCUGCCACCACCCUCUUGUCGCCCUCGCCUCGCUGCGCCGCGCCGCGCCUCGCUUCACUUAACCUCUCCUCUCCUCACCUUCGCCUGUCCAAGCUGCCUCAGGCCCAUCACCUCCCUCCCCGCUCGCUUCUGCCGCCGCCGUUUCCGCAUCCACCCUGCGGCACACGCCACGCUUCCGCCUCGCCAUCUGCCUGUGCAACCAUUGUCCUCACCACUCCCCCUUCGAUCCUCCACUGCCUCCCGCAGCCCGUCGACACGCGCACCUGUCCUGCUGUGCGAGUGUCGACCGCCGUCGGACACAACCACGACCCCCGACGACGCUCAUCCUACCUGCGCCGCCCCCUUGGUCUCGCGCGCCCGUUUGGACUCUCGCUUCUUCCCUCUCUCCCCGUUUCUCUCCCUAUCUCUCCCCCCCUCCUCGCCCCCUUCUCCGUGGCAUCGCAACCUAAGCUGA